ACGAAAAACAAGCAACGCGUCGUCGCAAAUCACCCAGCGAAAAGUUUUGUUUUUAGCGGCGAAUUUCGCGGAAUUAAGAGGAAAUUAUAUCGUUGGGAUAGUGAUUAGUGAGUGCGCGGUGGGAUUAGUAAAGAUUUAGUGAAAUUACGUGCGAACCAACCGGAUUAGCGCUUGGUUCAAAAAUCAACAAGAAAAAGUUCCGGAUUUUGGCGGCUGGAGAAAGGCAAUCGAAAUAAUGACGCCAGUUGCCGCGGUAGAAUCGCCGCUGCGGCGAUCCGACGCUUCGCGACUCUUCCGGACGCCCCGGGCCGUGUCCACGGAGGAGGUGAACGACGAUGAGGCGGAGCGGAGACACCGGCGGUCGGCGGCGUCCCUCGACGACAGUUCCGUGUCCGGCGGGGCAACCGUCGAGGACAACGAAAACAUCAAAAUGUGCCUCCAGCUGUACUCGGAUAAUAAACUAAGCAAAGACAACGCGUGGUCGGUGACGAUCAUCGACGCCUUCUCGAAGCUGAUGUCGCGCCACUCGAGCUCGCUGCACAACUUCCAGGUCGCCGGUUCGACGCUGGAAGCGUCGACGAAGGUGUACGGCCUGCGCGUCGACUCGGUCCACACGGACGUGAUGCGGAUGUGCUCGGAGCUGACGCGCCAGUCGGCCCGCACGAUGGACAACAACCGGGACGGGGGAGAGGAUGAGGACGACGAGGAGGGUGGCGCGAACAAGGAGAAUGACACGACGGUUGGAGGGGGUGGGGGUGAGGGUGGCGGGGGAGCGACACAGGAGAAGGUGAAGAAGAAGCGUGCCCGGAAGCACGUCAGUACGAUCACGAAGAACAAGGAGACGAUCAACGCGGCGUUGGACACGAACCCGUUCACGGAUCCGUUCUUUGCGAAGUUGAACUCGGUGGUGGGGGAUGUGAACAGUUCGAGCCGGUUGAUGCAGAACAUUGUUCCGACGAGGGACGCCGAGUUGCUGCUGAGGAUGGAUUACAACUUUUGGGACGAUUCGGAAGCUCCGGAGUUGGAGCUGGAGGUGGAGGAGACGUACGACAACUGCGAGCUGACCACGGCCACGAUGUUCAACGUGAACCGGCAAUCGCACAAGCUGCACACGAUGCUGGCCGGAUACGUUAUUACGGACGCCCCCGCUGAAGAUGACGACGAUGACGAUGCUGCCAACCAACUGAAGGACAUUCAGGACGCCCGGGUUCGUGACGCCGAGGACGACAUGCACCCGAACAACCGAUCCGCCCUGGAAGUUCAGUUUGAUAUUGACGCCGAGGUGGAACCGAUUCCGGUCGGAGACGCGUACAUUAUCGAUUACGCUUCGGCGGACGCCAUGGGUGACGCAGGUGCCGACAACGACGACGAAUUCAACGAGGAGGAUCACCUGGCCCUGCAAAACUGCCGCGGCCUCAAGCGUAAGACCGUCGUCAUCGAGGACAUGCGGCCGAUCGAUUCGUCCUCGAUCAAUCUGGAAUAUUCCUACCGCGCCCUGGACAACAUCUCCCAGUUCUGGGCCGGUCCGUCCCACUGGAAGUUCAAGCGCUCGAAAGGCCCGUCCUCGCUGCGCUUCAGCACCGUAAGCGGAGGCGCCGCCGGUCCGGAUGGCAAAGCCACCAAAGGCAAACCGACGACGCGGAAGAAAAAACGCUUCGAUGAGCACGUCAUCGACGACAUCAUCAGCGUCGAGGAGGACCUGUUUGUGGCGUAUAAUCCACUUCGGCCGACGAUCAAGAACAUCACCCACCAGAAGAGUAUGAUCUGCAAAAAGUGGGACUCGAAGAAGCUGAAGCUGCCGACGGAUUACCACCUGGAGCGGAACCGGUUCGACGUGAACGCGUACGCGCGCGGUUUGAAGGUGCGGGACUUUGAUGCGGCGCCGGAGCCGGAUCUGCCGGUGGACGACGAGUACGACUAUGGCAAUCCGGUGGACCAGAACUACUGCAGCAGGGUGAUGAACGACGCCGGCGAAGACGACGCGGACCACCAGGGUGCGGGCGGAUUCGGCGACGCAGCCGCCGACGACCAUCACACCUUCGACGACCUCGCCGGGCCCGCGUCCGUCUCGGGCGGCGGCACCACCCUCAACACCAGCCUCGACUUUAUCCCCACCGAAUUCCAGGGUGCGCCCGAUAAGGUGGCCAAAAUCAACAUUGCGUACGCGAAAACGGCCAAAGUGGUGGACAUGAAGCAGCUCAAAUCGUGCUGCUGGCGGCUCAUCACCGAACAGGUCUGCGCGACCCAAGCCACACCCAGCGAAGAAGGCGGCACCACCACCACCAGUGAAGCACAUUCCGGCAAGGCUCGGUUUUCGGAAAUCUACCGCGAGCUGCCCCACAUCCUGUCCAAGACGAUGAGCGAGAACAUCUCCAAGUCGCUGGCGUUCUACUCCGUGCUGCACCUGAGCAACGAGCGGUCACUGCGGCUCGUGCGGCAGGACGACCUCGAGGACUUUCAGAUAUUGGCGCCGGUGUAGAGGGCGUAGAAUUGCGUAGAUUAAGCACCUGAUUUGGGUUUCCGCGAAUGAGGAGAAGGCCGGCUGGUUGCCUGUCUGGGUCGUGGGCGAGCAAAGUUUUACAAUAAGUAACAUGUAUAAUAGCAAACUGUUGAUAGAGUAUUAGUUUUGUAAAUGCU